AGGUUGUAAACACAUCGUCUGCAACCGAUUUGAUAAGAUUAUAGAAACAAUUCAUAUGCAACCAAAUAAUUGCUCUCAGUGUCCGAUUAGCUUUAUUAAGUUUGACAAGCAACUGGAAGCUUAAACAGUUUUUUUUUUUUGAAGAAUAUAUCUAUGAGCGGCAAGAAAAUUGUAGUUACUGGUGCAGGGCAAGGGAUCGGUAAUGAACUAUGCAAAACGCUACACCAAAUUGGGGCCAACGUCGUUGCAGUUUCGCGAUCAGCAGGUCCUUUGGAAUCCUUAAAAGCAGAUUGUCCCUCAAUUGAGAUAAUUCAGGUAGAUCUUAGUGACUGGCAUGCAACAACUAAGGCGCUAGCAAGUUUAGAUCGUGUGGAUGGUCUUGUAAACAACGCUGGUAUAGCGAUUAUUAAACCUUACGAUCAACUUUCCGAGAAGGAUUUCGAUGACACUUUCAACAUCAACAUUAAAGCCACUUGGCAUGUUUGCCAAUUACUGAUCCCAAAAAUGCCACCUGGUGCAAGCAUAGUGAAUCUGUCCUCGUUGGCGGCUUUGAAGGCUUUCGCAGGGCACUCGGUGUACUCCAUGACUAAGGCAGCAAUGGAUGCGAUGACGAAAAGUCUUGCUUGUGAAUUGGGCUCUAAGAAGAUUCGCGUUAAUAGUGUUAACCCAACGGUCAUCCUCACCCGAAUGGGACGAGCGAACUGGUCUGAUCCUGCUAAGGCGGAUCCACUUAUUGCGAAAAUACCCCUAGGGCGAUUCGGAGAAGUGAACGAAGUAGUCGAACCGAUCUUGUAUCUGUUAAGUGAGAAAUCAUGCUACAUCAACGGGCACUGUCUGCCAAUUGAGGGUGGAUUUUUGGCGGGAAAUUAAGGCGAUACAGCAGUUAUUCUUCAAUAAAUCCGUUUAUUAUGCUCAACUCAGUACA